AUGAAUGAUCCCCUAAUAUUUCAAUUAUAUUCAAUAAAUCCACAUAAAUAUCGUCUUGUUUUAUUGAUAUCAUUUUUAUGUACAUGUCUUAGUUGUGAAAUAUUCUAUCAUAUAUUUCAAUCAAAUUCAUUAAUAAAUUUAUCUAAUUUAAAUAUAAUAAAUUAUUUUUCACCAAUAACUAUUCAUUUAAUAUUAUUAUUAUCAAUAUCAUCAUUUUUAUGGAAUGCAACACAAUGUGUUGCACUAGCAUCAAUAUUUCUUUCAUCAAAUCUAGCUAAUCAACAACAACAACAAUCUCCUAAUGUGAUAUUACGUCGUUGGAUUCGACAUAUUUGUGUUGAUCAUGUUUUUGCUCUAUUAAUUGUUCGUUUAAGUCGUUUAAGUGAUAUUAUAACUAUUAUUACAUUAAGUAACAUGGCAAGUAUUUAUAUUAUUGCAAGUUGGUGUUCACAAAUAGCUGUUUUUCCAUGUGUACUUUGUUUUCUUCAUUCAUUUUUUAUAAAUACAACUGCAUCCAAUGAAGAAAAUUCUCAAAAAAUAUAUUCAACAUCAAAUACUGAUGAAUUUAAUUCGAUAUUACAUCGUUUUAAAAUUAUUAAAAUGUUAGGUUUAGCUUUAUUUGGUUUAAAAAUUUCAGCAUUAUCUGUUUGUGAAAUAUUAGCAUUAGGAUUAGUACUUACAAUUUGUUUAUUAUCUCUUGUUGUUGCACCAUCUGAACGUGAAACAUCAAGAUAUACAAAAAUAUUUGAUAUAUUUAUUGGAAAAAUAUUUGAUGAAAAUAAAGAUAAGACAUUAAUCAUUGAGCAACAAUUAUCAAUUGUACAAAAAUCUGUUAUAUCAAAAACUGACGAUUCUUCUUUAUUUACAACUCAUAAUCCUAUUCAUCAACAAGAAACAAUUCGAUCAAGUUGUUUGACUUCAUCAUCAUUAUUAUUAUCAACAGUCGAAUCUCAAACAUCCAAUACAACAUCGAUUAUUAAUUAUUCUCUUUUAACUGAUGAACAAAUUUUAUCACUAAUUAAAACAAAAAAAUUAACUGUAUAUAAUCUUGAAAAAUAUUUACCAUCAUUAAAAGCAGUAUAUAUACGUCGUUUAAUAUUAAAUGAACAAAUAAUUUCAACAAAAAAUUUAUCAUUUUCACUUGAUUUAUUACCUUAUGAACAUUAUGACUAUUCAUUAGUUAUAAAUCAAUGUUGUGAAAAUGUUAUUGGAUAUGUUCAACUACCAGUUGGAUAUGCUGGUCCAUUACAUGUUGAUAAUAAAUAUUUUUAUAUACCGAUGGCUACUACGGAAGGUGCACUUGUUGCUAGUACAAAUCGUGGGUGUAAAGCUGUAUCAAUGUCAAAAGCAGGUAUUAACACAAUUGUUUUUAAUGAUGGUAUGACACGUGGUCCUGUACUUAAAUUUGUAACAAUUCGACAAGCCUAUGAUGCUUAUCAAUGGUUUGAAACAAAUUUCAAUGAAAUAAAACAAUGUUUUAAUCAAACAAGUUCAUAUGCACGUUUAACAAGUAUUAAACGAAAUUUAGCUGCACAUUAUUUAUUUAUUCGUUUUGUUGCAACAACUGGUGAUGCUAUGGGUAUGAAUAUGUUAUCAAAAGGUGUUGAAUCUGUAUUACAACUUAUUAAAUCAAAAUGGCCUGAAACAGUUGAUAUAAUUAGUAUUAGUGGAAAUUAUUGUAUUGAUAAAAAACCGUCAGCUAUAAACUGGAUUGAUGGACGAGGAAAAUCAGUUGUAGCCGAAGCUAUUAUAUCACAUGAUAUACUUGAACAAGUACUUAAAACAAAUGCUGAUCAACUUGUUGAAUUAAAUCAAUCGAAAAAUUUACUUGGAUCAAUAAUGGCUGGAUCAAUUGGUGGAUUCAAUGCGCAUGCUGCGAAUAUAGUUGCUGCAAUGUUUAUUGCCUGUGGUCAAGAUGCAGCACAAAUUGUAUCCAGUAGUAAUUGUUUAACAUGGCUUGAAACGACUGGAAUUGAUAAACGUGAUUUAUAUAUAUCUUGUACAAUGUAUUCACUUGAAGUUGGUACUAUUGGUGGUGGAACAAAAUUAUCAGCUCAACAAGCUUGCUUAAAAAUGCUUGGUAUUGAUAAUUCUCUAGCAAAUAUAUCUGGUGAAAAUUCUUGUCAACUUGCUCGUCUUAUAUGUUCCACAGUAUUAGCAAGUGAAUUAUCAUUAUUAAGUGCAUUAGCAACUAGUGAUCUUGUUCAAUCUCAUUUACGACUUAAUCGUAGUACAACAUCUUUCAAUCAAAUUCGAUAG